GAGACCCAGCGCUACUUGGUGAGUUCCGUAGCCCAAACAUUUAAUGCUUCUCACAGCUCGUCGGGCUCGGAUUGCAUCUUUCAUGCGAAAGAAGAUUCACCUCCAUUCGCGAGAAUCCGCCGUUGGAUCGCGCAAUUUCCGCUUCCAGCUCUGUGUAGGCGGAUGACUGAAGGAGUUCGGAGUGCUUAAGAUCUAAGCGAUUCUUUCGCGCGAAAGAUACCACCCGAAGCUUAUCUCGUCCUUGAAGAAGCAUGCAGGCCAUAGUUGUUUGAGCGCCAGUGGCGGCUGCACGCCUCCGGAAACCACCCCUGAUGGCCUUCUUAUCUGGCAGCCGGCGGGGCGGCGGCGGCGGCGGCGGCGGCGGCGGCGGCAGCCUUCUCCCAUCGACCUCCAAGCCCAAGCCCCUCCGCAAACCCUCCUCGGCCGCCGCACGUCGCCGGAUCCACCUCCGCGACUUCCUCUCCCCCACCUCCACCUUCUUCGCCCUUGGCCUCUCCAUCUCCCUCCUCUUCUUCCUCGCCGUUGUCAUCCGCUACGGCGUCCCCAAACCCCUGUCCUCCCCCCACUCCAAGCCGCGCCUCGUCCGCCUCCCCGCCUUCCGGAGACCCGCGGACACCGCCGGCACUGCCGGCGGGACGGGGGACGUGAUUGCGGCUGCCUCCGUGGACAUCACCACCAAGGAUUUGUACGACCGGAUAGAGUUCUCGGACCUGGACGGAGGCGCGUGGAAGCAAGGGUGGAGCGUGACCUACAUUGGGAAUGAGUGGGACAAGGAGAAAUUGAAGGUCUUCGUGGUGCCCCAUUCACAUAAUGAUCCCGGAUGGAAGCUAACGGUCGAGGAGUAUUACAAUCGCCAAUCCCGGCAUAUAUUGGACACCAUCGUGGAGUCUCUUUCCCAGGACACAAGGCGCAAAUUCAUCUGGGAGGAGAUGUCAUAUUUGGAAAGAUGGUGGAGGGAUGCCUCGGAACUCAAAAGGGAGACCUUCUCCAAGUUGGUCAAGAACGGGCAGUUGGAGAUUGUGGGAGGAGGUUGGGUUAUGAACGAUGAGGCCAACUCUCACUAUUUUGCUAUCAUAGAACAGAUGAUGGAAGGUAAUACAUGGCUAAACGAUACAAUUGGUGUUGUUCCGAAAAAUUCUUGGUCAAUAGAUCCAUUCGGUUAUUCAGCUACUAUGGCAUAUUUGCUCCGGCGUAUGGGCUUCCGUAACAUGCUUAUACAAAGAACUCACUAUGAGCUGAAAAAGGAGUUGGCUUUGUCUAAGAACCUUGAAUACAUAUGGAGGCAGAGCUGGGAUAUAGAGGAAACUACUGAUAUUUUUGUUCACAUGAUGCCAUUCUAUUCUUAUGAUAUUCCACAUACUUGUGGACCCGAGCCAGCCAUUUGUUGUCAGUUUGACUUUGCUCGGAUGCAUGGAUUUAGCUAUGAAUUCUGUCCAUGGAGAUUUAAUCCAAUUGAAAUUAAUCCAAGUAAUGUGCAGCAGAGAGCAACAACACUUUUGGACCAAUACAGGAAGAAAUCAACUUUAUACAGAACCAAUACACUUCUUGUUCCUUUAGGGGAUGAUUUCCGUUAUGUCAGCAUGGACGAAGCAGAAGUCCAAUUUAGGAACUAUCAAAUGCUUUUUGAUUUUAUAAAUUCUAGUCCCAAUUUGAAUGCUGAAGUAAAGUUUGGUACUCUUGAAGAUUACUUCAGUACCCUUCGGGAGGAAGCAGGAAGAAUAAAUUUUUCCCGUCCUGGUGAGAUUGGAUCUGGAGAACUAGAAGGUUUUCCAUCUCUUUCGGGUGAUUUCUUUACAUAUGCUGAUAGGAAUCAUGACUACUGGAGUGGUUACUAUGUUUCGAGACCAUUUUUUAAGGCAGUUGAUCGGGUGCUGGAACAGACACUUCGUGCAUCUGAGAUGAUGGUUGCAUUAGUUUUAGGUUAUUGCCAGAAGUCUCAAUGUGCUGAAUUACCGGUCAGUUUCUCCCACAAAUUGACAGCUGCAAGGAGGAACCUAGCUCUUUUCCAGCAUCAUGAUGGGGUAACUGGUACUGCUAAGGAUCAUGUAGUAGAAGAUUAUGGCACUCGAAUGCACGCUUCUUUGCAGAACUUGCAGAUAUUUAUGUCCCGGGCUGUGGAAGUCCUUCUAGGUGAUUUCCGUGACAAAGCUGAUCCUACCUUAUUGUCACAGUUUGAGCCUGAGCAGACAAGGUCAAAGUACGAUGUUCAGCCAACACAUAAGGUCCUCGAUGUGCAUGAAGAACAUGGACAUUCUGUGGUCUUGUUUAAUCCAUUGGAGCAAACAAGGGAUGAGGUUGUCAUGGUGAUUGUAACUAAGCCUGACAUAUUUGUACGGGACUCCAAUGGGUCAUGUGUGAAGAGCCAAAUUUCUCCAGAGUGGCAGCAUGAUAGCAAGGGAAAAAUUUUUUCUACUGGGCAUCAUCGUCUUUAUUGGAGAGCCUCUGUUCCUGCCAUGGGUUUGGAGACCUACUUUAUUGCCUGUGGACAUACCAGCUGUGAAAAAGCUAUACCUGCUGAGUUGAAAGUAUUUCCAGAAUCAGAUUCAUCAUCUUGCCCUCAUCCUUAUGUCUGUUCAAAACCAGGAGGCGAAAAAGCAGAGAUCCGUAAUCUUUAUUUUACUCUCACUUUUGAUGUAAAACAUGGUCUCCUGCAGAUGAUAAGCCAUAGAGAUGGCAGAAAAACUGUUGUUGGGGAAGAAAUAGGCAUGUACAAGAGUUCUGGAAGCGGAGCUUAUUUGUUCAAACCAGAUGGAGAAGCUCAACCGAUCAUUGAAAAAGGUGGGUCCCUGAUUAUAUCUGAAGGUCCUUUGGUGCAAGAAUCUUACUCUCUUCCAAAGGUCAUGUGGGAGAAAACUCCAAUCUCUCAUAGCACACGGAUUUAUGGUGGAGAGAAUACCGUACAAGAACUGCUUAUUGAGAAGGAAUAUCAUGUUGAACUCCUUGGUUCUGAUUUCAAUGACAGAGAACUGAUAGCUAGAUUCAAGACAAAUAUCGACAAUGAGAGGGUGUUUUACGCUGACCUAAAUGGCUUUCAGAUAAUCCGGAGACAGACUUAUGAUAAAAUUCCUUUGCAGGGAAAUUACUACCCCAUGCCAUCGCUUGCAUUCUUGCAGGAUUCAUUAGGUCACCGUUUCUCAGUCCAUUCUAAGCAGUCACUGGGAACAGCAAGCCUUAAAAAUGGUUGGCUUGAGAUUAUGCUGGAUCGCCGUUUGGUCCAUGAUGAUGGCCGUGGUCUGGGUCAAGGGGUAAUGGAUAACCGUCCUAAUAAUGUGCUCUUUCAUAUUCUCAUUGAGCACAAUAUUUCUGCAUUGCCUUCUGCACAUGCAGUGCUGAAUCUCCAGCCAUCUCUUCUCUCCCAUCAUAUAGGCGCCCACUUGAACUACCCAAUGCAUGCAUUUGUGAGCAAGAAACCACAGGAAAACUCAUUGAAGAUGCACUACAAAUCGUUCACACCAUUGGCUUCACCCUUACCAUGUGACUUACAUAUUGUAAAUUUCAAAGUCCCACAGCCCCUGAAGUUUCCCCGGGUACAGCCUUCAGACUCCAGAUUUGUUAUUCUACUACAGAGGAGAGCAUGGGAUGCUUCAUACUGUAGAAUGGGUGAACUGCAGUGUUCAACCAUGGGGAAUGAGCCUGUCAAUCUGUUCUACAUGUUCAAAGAUCUCAUUGUUUCUAAUGUGAAGACAACUUCCUUGAAUCUUGUACAUGAUGACAUGAAGAUGCUGGGGUACACUGCGCAGCUGGGAGAUGGAGCUCAAGAAGGUAAUGUGCUAUUUUCUCCUAUGGAAAUACAAGCAUACAAAUUAGAACUGCAGCCACAGCCGGGAGUAUAAGCGGAACACAAGCUUUAGAUUCGAUGCCCUGGAAGAUGAUUGUCAAAGCUUGAAGGAGUUUAUCACUAACUCGGACAUGAGUUCGAGAGAUGCUGGCGCUGUCCGAAAAUUUUGAUGAAGAUAGAGGUCUCCCGUGUAUGUAGCUGCGAAGAUAGUGAGUUUUUGAUAAAGGCUAAAGAAUAAAAUCGAUAGAGAAGCAAUUUAUGGGUUGCUGAAUCUUAGUUGGUGGUGCAGCAUGUGGAGCUCCACUGGGAUGCCGAUUGUUGGUUAGUCUUUAGAUCAUCCCGGGGGCAUUUUCUUUGUUUGUGUUUUUCUUUAAUUUCUUUAGAAAAAGCUCUUGUAGCGUUUAUGCUAAUCGAACUGUGCAUAUUUACUGUACAAAAUCUUCUCUUACAUGACAAAGAGUUGCUGAUGAUUGUGA